CCCUUGGAACAAGGCUCUUCUCCGUUCAUCGCCAUAGCGGAGGGAGAGGUGCGUGUUAGAUUGCGAGGACCGGCUGCGGCGAUUGUCCUCGCAGGGAAGUGUUAUGCAGGUCUGGAAUUGAGUGUAGAAUUUCGAGAGCUUUGUAGAAGUGUUCUCUGUUUGGAAUAUAGUGGAUUGUGGAGGUCAGCACGGAGUGGAGAGUGAUUCGGGAUGGUUGGAUAUGGAAGGCACAGUCAUUAGAAGCAGGAAGCAGUGAUGGAUCGACAUGAGAACACGUUGGUUGUGAUCUCUCGGGGAUGUUUCCCCGCCGGGUAUGCGCGAGAUAUGAGACCUCGGCGGAGGAUGUAAGGCCGUUGUGAUUCGGAGGUUGUUACCAGAGAUAAUUUAUACUUGACGACGCGUGGUUGUGUGGAGAUUCCGGUUGUAGGCUUUGGAGUCGAAUUUUAAUUUUGCGCUUGUGCGAGGGAGGACGCUAGUAGAGACGCGUAUUUCCCUUGUGAUGGCGAAGUCGAAAGGUGCCAAGAAAGCUCUCGACUCGUACACCGUGAAAGGCACACAGAAGGUCGUGAAAGUGGGAGAUUGUGUCUUGAUGCGUGGGCAAGAUCCUGAUAAGCCACCUUACGUUGCCAAGAUAGAGAAGAUUGAGGCUGACAACAGAAACAAUACUAAAGUACGGGUACGAUGGUAUUAUCGGCCUGAAGAGUCAAUGGGAGGGAGGCGACAAUUUCAUGGUUCAAAGGAGCUUUUCUUGUCAGAUCACUACGAUAUUCAAAGUGCGGACACUAUAGAGGGCAAGUGCAUUGUUCAUACGUUCAAAAAUUACACUAAGCUUGACAGUGUCGGUACUGAAGAUUACUUCUGUCGCUUUGAAUACAAGGCUUCUACUGGCGGAUUCACUCCUGAUCGAGUGGCUGUGUAUUGUAAAUGUGAGAUGCCUUAUAAUCCAGAUGAUUUGAUGGUUCAAUGUGAGACUUGCAAAGAUUGGUUUCACCCUUCUUGCAUGAGCUUCACACCAGAUCAAGUGAAGCGUAUGGAGAAAUUUGUUUGUCCUGAUUGUUCCUUGCCAGAUGGGGACAGGAAGUUGCGCCAAUCUUCUCCAGGAUCGUCACCAACACCUGAACAUGUUCAUAAGUACAUGUGGUUUCUUGAGCUGCAGCCGGAGGCAAAGCGGCGGAAGAGGUGAUACACAACUUUACUUAUUUGAACCCUGUGGUGCAUGUACUGCUGCACAAUUUUGUUUAAAAGGGUUGAUUGUGAAGAUACAACACGGAGGCUCUUUAGAUCUGGUCCAGUGGAAAAGGUGAUGCAUAAUACUAAGGACGUUAGAUACCAGGAACUGAACAUGGAAAGGUCCUGGUAUUCCAAGCAAAGGAUCUCAGUCAGGCUCUUGAUGAAUUCAUGUUGGCAGUGCUGGAGAGUCGAGUAUUUGUGGUGCAGCUUCUCUAUCGUAAGAUAAAACUACUCACAACCGUCCUCAUGCAUUAGCACCUCGUAAGUACAGGGUCCAUAUUAAUUCUUCGAAAACUUGGCUUUGAAGGAGGAAUGAUGGAUUUGGUUCAGUCCGGUAUUAUUCAGUAUGGAGGGGUGACGGAGAGCGGCAAAGUUGUAAUCACCGGCACAAUUGGUUCUCCUCUUAAUAGUCUAUGUGGGCAGAAAUGACCAAAUUGUAUACAGUUUUUGUCCUGUUUAAAGAUCAUGUUGCAGCCUGAAGCAACUUUGACCAUUUAAGGUGCGCAUCCUGAAUGAUUAGAACGAUGUGGAAUUGAGGGCUUUGGUCUAGUGCUUUUGGUGGAAAUGUGCGGAAAAUGUUCAUGUAAGUAGAGCAGAACCAAAACAUAUGGGAUAGAUGACAUUGACUCAGACGAUCGGACACAAAUUGUCAAAAAUCAUCGGUGUCUUCAACAUGUUAGGUAUCUAUUGAACUGAAGCACCUAUCUAACUGAAAGGGGGAAUCAGUUACUUCCAAGGUGACGAAGCCACGGCACCACCCAGGUAUAUUCCUAUGCCGAAGGCAUCCUCAAGCCCUUGCAAAGAGUCAUGAAGGGGUCUCCUGUAGCAAUCAAUAAAUAUCAUGAUAUACGCCAGGUAUUACAUGGUCAGCAGCAAUUCAAGAAUUAGGUUUGAAGGUCAUCAACGUUUACUGCAUCAAGUUCAAUGGGCGAUGCUUGUUGAACGGACUGUCAUCUGUCAUCUGAGUACAGGGCUGCUUUGUGACUGUAGGACUGGAGGAAUUGCCUUGUGACCUUAUUCAAAACUGACUGAAGUCUCAACUUCUUACAUCAAAGCAUACAGCUCUGAUCUGUAAUGUUGUUAUUACAGCAAUCCUCUCAGUUGAAUUACAUGUGACAAAAGUAUAUGUCAUGUCA